AUGGGAAUCUUUUCACGCAGUUCGAUAAGUAGAAGAUCAAAAGAUGGGAUGAAGAUUAUUGCAACAGCAUUUUUUGGAGUAACUUUCGGCUUUCUGAUUGGAAUAUCUUUUCCAUCAUUAUCAAUCACUAAGGUGAGUCUCCCAACAAACUUUCUUCCGUCAAACGAUCUCUCAUAUAUAGAGGAAAAGGGUUCGGCAAUUGCAACUCCAGAUAGUCAUAAAGCUUGGUCAUCAUCAAAGAGUAAUGAUAGCAGCUCAUCUGGUCCCAUCGACAAAUCAAAGAUCUGGGUUCCUUCAAAUCCUCGUGGUGCUGAAAGGUUGCCACCGGGUAUGGUUGCUGCUGAAUCAGACUUCUAUUUGCGCAGAUUAUAUGGGUUACCGCAUGAAGAUUUGACCAGCCAACCAAGAUACCUCGUGACAUUUACAGUGGGUAUUAGUCAGAAAGAAAAUAUUGAUGCUUGUGUCAAGAAGUUUUCAGAGAACUUCACUAUCGUCCUGUUUCAUUAUGAUGGGCGGGUAACUGAGUGGGAUGAAUUUGAAUGGUCGAAGACUGCUAUACACAUUAGCGUGCGAAAGCAGACAAAAUGGUGGUAUGCGAAGAGGUUUUUGCACCCUGAUAUUGUAGCACGAUACGAUUAUAUAUUCAUCUGGGAUGAAGACCUUGGGGUCGAGCAUUUUAAUGCAGAAGAGUACAUAAAUCUGGUGAAGAAGCAUGGCCUGGAGAUUUCCCAACCAGGCUUGGAACCAAACAAGGGAUUGACAUGGCAGAUGACAAAAAGAAGAGGAGAUCUUGAAGUCCACAAGAUAACAGAAGAGAAACCUGGAUGGUGCUCAGAUCCUCAUCUCCCUCCGUGUGCUGCAUUCGUCGAGAUCAUGGCUCCUGUAUUUUCAAGAGACGCCUGGCGAUGCGUGUGGCACAUGAUCCAGAAUGAUUUGGUCCAUGGUUGGGGUCUUGACUUUGCACUCAGAAGAUGUGUUGAGCCUGCACAUGAGAAGAUAGGAGUAGUAGAUUCUCAGUGGGUCGUUCAUCAAACUGUCCCCUCCCUUGGCAGCCAAGGUGAGGCACAGGACGGGAAAGCGCCAUGGCAAGGGGUGAGGGACAGAUGCAAAAAGGAAUGGACCAUGUUCCAGAGUAGAAUGGCUAACGCAGAGAAGGAUUAUUUCAAAUCAUUACAAGUUGAAGGAUCAUCCAAUUCAACAGCAACCACCAUCUAA